AUGAGCACUUGGCCUCCUGGUGAAAACGAGGCACGCGAGAAAUUUGGUGACGAUUUUGUCAAUUUGCAUAUUGAUAGCAAAAUCUCGAUUAGCAAAGCGAAAGCGUUAGAGAAUGUUGAUCCGGUCGUUGUACCGAUCUAUCAAACGACCACCUACCGCUUUGCCACUGUGGCACAAUGGGAUCAGCCAAAUCAUGGCUCUAACUAUGUCUACAGUCGAUGUGGAAAUCCAACUGUUGAAAAUGUUGAGGUGAUCGUCUCGGAGUUGGAAGGAGCUGCUGCGACUCUUGUCUACAAUUCGGGUUUAGCUGCCGUUUCAGCGCUUCUUCUCGAGUUUCUAUCAGCUGGUGAUCAUGUGGUUUGCAUGAAACCGCUCUAUUCUGGGAGCUAUUCAUUCAUGACUGAGACAAUGAUUCGUUUCGGUGUUACAUUCACUUUUGUCGAUGUGGAAAAGGAGAAAGAUUUCGUGGGAGCCGUUGAAAAAGCGAUUAAAGAAAAUACGAAAUUGAUUUACUUGGAAGCGAUUGCAAAUCCAUCAAUGGCUGUUCCGGAUAUUCUUGAAGUGGUUGAAGUCAAAAAGAGACACACGCAAACGAAACUCGUCGUCGAUGCGACUUUUGCCUCUCCAUAUCUCUUGCAAUCGCUAAAAAUUGGCGCCGAUUUCGCAUUGCACAGCGGCUCAAAAUACAUUGGUGGUCAUUGCGAUGUGAUUGCUGGUUGUAUCAGUUGUGGAUCAUUGAUGGAUUGGCAACGUUUGAAGACACAGCAAUUGACAACAGGGAGUGCAUUGAGUCCGAUGGAUGCGGCCCUUUUGACGAGAGGACUCAAGACCUUGGCAUUGAGGAUGGAUAAGAUCAGUGAAACGGCACAAAAAGUAGCCAAAUAUCUAGAUGAACAUCGAAAGGUCAUUCACACGUUUUACCCAGGUCUUCGAUCCCAUCCACAACACGAAGCUGCCAAGAAGUUGUUUCCUCAUGGAAAAUUCUCAGGAAUGAUCGGAUUUGAUGUGGGUUCGGCGGAGAAAGCGAUUAAGUUGAUUGAGAAUCUUCGCCUAAUCACUCUGGCGGUGUCAUUGGGUGGAACAGAGUCAUUGAUCGAGCAUCCAUUCGCAAUGUCACACGGUAAACAGCUGCUUCGUGCUGAGAACGAAGAAGCCAUGGUGGCGCCUGGACUUCUCCGAUUCAGCAUUGGUGUCGAAAAUGCGGUGGAUUUGAUCGCUGAUUUGGAGCGAGCUCUUCAAAUGCUU